AUGCCCCCCCAGCAACUCGAAGAGCUCCUCAGGUAUCUUCAGGACACCCGAGCCAAGGCCAACAACCAGGUCGCGCACGAAAAUGAGCAAUCUACUGCAAGAUCGAAACCCCCUCUGGACACCAAUAAUGAGUCGGCCGUUCAGGGCAGUACAAACCAACGUUCUCAUCAAACGCGAGGCAAGCGACCUCAGGAUGGGAAACGGCGGCCACUGAACAGUUUCAUUGCUUUCAGAAGUUAUUAUUCAGUCAUGUUUCCAGACCUUACUCAGAAAGCGAAGUCGGGCAUCCUUCGCUUCUUGUGGCAGAACGACCCUUUCAAAGCUAAAUGGGCCAUCGUAGCCAAGGCAUACUCCAUCAUUCGCGAUGACCAUGAUAAUGGAGUCUCCCUUGAAACAUUUCUGAAACUCAACACCAACCUCAUUGGCAUUAUCGAGCCGGACCGCUACCUUGACAUAAUGGGCUGGGAGCUGAAUGUCGACGGCCAGCAGCAGUACACCAUGGCUAAGGUUAAGAUUACAGCUACUCCUGAAGCUGAGCUCUCAACAAACUAUUCAGUCGAUGAUAUUGUCAAAAAUUGUUACGAUACAGGCUAUGUAUCCCGAGACAAAUGCAAGAAAAAAACAGACCAUAACAAAAACGCGCCUGUUAUGGCUUUCGCUGCCCAGCCAACCUUGAUUAUCCACGAAAAUAACAGUAUUCAAAUUAAUGGAAAUAAUACUGUUGUUACUGGUGACUGCGAUGGGAAUGCUGCUGUAGAAAGCACAUUUCCCCAGAACUUCUCACCAAGUCCUGGUGACAUGGGAACGAUGCUUGCAGAAGCAUCGCUUGGUGAAUCUGAAGUACUUCACGGCCGUGGUUACCAACUCUAUGAGCGGGGGCCUAUAGUUGCAAACGAAUAUGAGAUUGACGACGGGAUGCUCAAUCUUUGGGGUGAAAACCCAGCUAUGUUACCAUCAUAUGUUUCAGCCGGCCAAUGUACACUUCCCCCGCAUGAUCCUUGUGUCCCGGAUCCGAUGGCGAAUAUCAAUAUCGACCAUUACCUCAACCUAUGA